ACAAAAUACAAAACAAUCCCCUACCGCGGAGACGAUGGUGUAGUGACUUUCGUCAAAACUGUAGACAAACUAAUAAAAACAGUAUACCAACACCACCUGAAACACAUAAAACCGCUAGAAAUGACUAAAUACGAUUGGAAAAUAUAUUGGAAUGCAGACCUUCAUAUUUGCAAGAAACCAAUAGGGUACCGAUGAUUUUCAUUUAAGGUUUAUUCAGUGCAUUCAAUAUUUAUAACCAAUGAAAACGUUGAACGAAGAUUGAUAUAAAUAUGAAACUACUUAAUAAUGUAUUAUUUAAGAAAAUAAAUCAAUUCAAGACAAAAAUUAUUCAUUUUAUUAACUGUAGGGAAGAAGAAAAAGAAAAACAACACUAUCGCUUAGAGCUGAAUAAACCUGAGUCAACAACCACGAUGAGCGCAAUGUAUGUCUAAAGAGAGCUUGAAAGUUACGACUUUGUCGUGAGGCAAUUGAGGUUCUUCCUCGUUCUGGCUAUCAUAUAUAACUUGCGUUGGUGCGCACUUUCCCGCAGUUGAGUUGAAUAUAACGCGAAUCAGUUCAGACUCGUCUGGCUCUUCGGAGUUUCAGGUCCCUGUGGCAUAGUUCUAAAUGGGACUGCUGAUUCGAUAGUAAAUCAACGAAACGCCAGUGCUUAAAGUGUUAGCAUGUAAUCUCAAUGACAUCUUCAACUCGCUGUGGAACAUAAAAAACAAACGAAAGAAGAAAGUAACACUGUAAAAAUGAUGUUUUUCAGUAAAUCCAACACCAACAUAAAUUGGCCACAAGUGCAUUUUCUCCCAAUCUAAACACCUAUAUUUCCGCCUACAGAGUCAUUGUCCUAACCAAAUCAAUAAAUUAUCACGAAUCACUUUAUAGCGUUACUUCGAACCCUGAAAAUAAAGCAAAUUGAAAGCCUUGUUAAUAAAAAAGUCAAACCAUGGCACCAAAUAUCAUUUCACUUUGCGAAUUCUGGUUGAAGUUAUCCUUAUAUGUUGAGAACUUUAUGAAAAAAGCAUUGUUAAAUAUAUUACAUAACGUGACUAAUAAAAGUACUUACAUAGGUUUACCUUCCGAUCCAAGAAGAUUAUAUAACGAACUGCGAAACCAUCAUGCAACAUUAAUUAAGUUAAAGAGUGAAAAGAUUAUUAACGAUGAUCAAUGGUUGCUUUUGUUUCCUGAUAAUCAACAAACCGAUUCUGCAAAGUUUGAUACUACCUUAAUUAUAUCGUUAGUUAUAAAUUGCACAGCCUUGCCUUCUCCAAACGGAGGAUGGAGACAAAAAUGUCUAUCUAAAAAAGAUAUGAGUGUUGGUGCAUUUGUUCUACGUGCUCGUAAAUUUAGAAACAAGAUUGCCCAUUAUAGCAACCCAUGCACUUUAAAAGAGUCAGAAUUUACUACAAUCUGGCUGGAAGGUGAUCAGAUUUUAAAAGGCCUUGAAUAUGUCAUCGAUACAGAAACCCUAAAGCACAAGUCACUUGAUCCAGAAAGAAUGGACUAUUUUAGGCUGUUGUUGAAUCAUCUGCAAUAUGGGCAAAAUCAAUUACAGCAACUAGUUGAUGAACAUACAACUGAUAUAUCUAACCUUUCAGACUUAGCUAGGGAAGUUAUUGAGAUGAAAGAGAAUAUAUCAGGCAUUAAAGAGGAUAUCGAAAAAAGCUCUGAAAAUCAAGAAGUUAACCAGGCUAUAGAUGAUAUAUAUAAAAGACUGCAUCUUUUAUGCAAUAAGUAUUAUAAAGAAAUUGAAGAAAUGAACAGCAGACUUGCCACCCUAGAAGAAAAAUAUGAAGACCAUGAGAAAAGAUUAGCUGAGCUUGAAAUAGGUGAAGCUGAUGAAAAGCAUUUUUGGAACGUCCAUCAAAACGUAUCUAAUUUCACUGGAAGGGAAAGUGUAUUGGAUGAACUCUACAGAAAGUUAAACACUCCAACAAACUUGAACACUCCAACAAACUAUAGUUACAGUGCAGUUGCUUUAACUGGCUUAGGCGGUAUUGGUAAAACAGAAACAGCUGCAAGAUAUGCUCAUAUUUAUGGCAAAAAAUAUUACGACAAUGUAUUUUGGAUUCAUGCUGAUUCAAUGGAAUCUUCUUUGCUUAAGUUGUCCCACAUCUUAAACAUUGAUCCAGGCAAUAGAUCAAUUGAAGUUCUCCUACCUGUAAUUUGCAAAUCGUUAAUAAACACAAAUUGCUUGUUCGUUUUUGACAAUGUUGAAUGCAUGGAUUCUAUUCAACCAGUGCUUAAAAACUUGAACUUAAAUAAAAAGCCUCACAUGAUUAUUACAUCUCAGUUUAGUCAGUGGUCUGGAUUAGGAAUUCAACAAAUUGAUAUAGAUGUAUUCACAUUAGAGGAGGCUGUUAAUUUUUUUCAAUUUGUUGACGAGUCGGAGAAUGAAGUUGUAGAAGACCUUAUUACCGAACUACAACAUCUUCCUUUAGCAAUGCAGCAAGCUGUAAGCUAUAUAAAAAGAAAUUCCGUCUCUACAAAAACAUACCUCGAUGCGUUUAGGAAAAACAGAACACAGCUUUUAAAUGUUAACUUGACAAAAUGUGGGGAAGCGAUUUAUGACAAAACAUUGUUAACAGUAUGGCAGAUGGCUUUGGAAAAGCUGAAGUUGUAUAAACAUGAAAUGGCAAAAGAUGUUAUUAAUAUGAUGUCUCAUAUGGAUGGAACAUUUAUUAAUACAAAAACAUUUUUAUUCGAUGAAAAUAUAGAGGAUGAAAUUGAUUUGAAUGAGAUUGUGGAAAUGUUGUGUGAAUAUUCUCUCAUAUCGAAGAAGAAAAGUGAUGUAACUCAAGCUACCGUUGUUACUAUGCAUAAAUUGGUUCAAAAAGUAUUAAAAUUUUAUUCUGAAAAAGAACAGUCAAAUAAAAACAGUGCAGUUGUUCAAAAACAUUUAUGUAAUAUUUUGGAGAAAGCAUCCGAAAAUUCAUUUCCAUGGGAUAACGAUGAAGAAAACAUCUGGUUCAUACACGUGAAACAUUUGUGGAAUCAAGGUGUAUUCUUUGAUCUCCUAAUCGUUUUCAACGUUGCAAAAAAUCGCGGAGAAUAUAAAUUUUUAAAAGAAUUGGUUAGCGUUAUUCUUUCACCAGAAUAUACCCGUGACAUUAAAGAUGUUUUUAGCUUAUUAUUGCUGAACCAAAUUAAGUGUAAUUUUUUUUUCGAUGGUAACAAAAAAGCUGCUAUUGAUUUAUUAGAACAAGGAUUAAUUAAUUUCAAGAGGGUGUUGAAAAAAAAGAAACUUCUUGUGCUUGUUUGGAAGUUAAAUUAUGCUGAAAUCCAUUUGAAAUGUGGUGAUAAGAAAAAAGGUGAAAAUAUGUUUAGAAGCAUCGAAGAAGAUAUGGCAAGUUAUAAGCUUGAACAGGAUGGAUUUAAGUAUGUUGAUAUUUUAAUGAGGAGAAUGAAGAUAUUAGAUCUGCUAGGAGAAUUCACAGCUGCUUUAGACAUUAUUAAAAAAUUAGAACGAAUUGCGAGAGAAUCUACUGACGCCCGAAAAGCAUUUCUUCUGGACAUCUUAACUGUCAAAGCUGACAUAUCAUGUAAACUAAAAAACAGUACUCGAGCUUCUAGUAUAGAGGUUGAGAUAGAAACUCUUAUCAAAGAAAUGAAUAUAAAACAGUCCAACGUCUUGUAUAUCAACUAUACUCUUCUUAAAGCACGCAUUUUUUGGUGUCAGAAAAACUACGAGGAGAGUCUCAAUGUACUUGUUAAAAGUAACAAAAUUGCUACAGAGUAUAAUCUGAAUUAUCAAAGAGUUUGUAUUUUGAUGAACAUUGGAAGAAUUUACAUUGUUAAAGGAGACUAUAAAAAUGCUUUAAAAGAAAUUAAUAUUGCAAUUGAUGUAGCUGGAGAAUCGAAGAGUGAUCUCUUACAUAUUCCCAUUUUUUUAAAAGGGUUGAUUUUAUUGCUUUUAAAUAGAUUAAACGAAGCGUUUAAAGAACUGGUAAAGAUUAAUAACGAUGCACGAAUAUCUUGUCACGAAAUGAUUUUUGAUUGUGCUUUAAAGUAUGAUAUUUUGCUUACAUCUACGAAAGAAAACAAGUGGAAGUAUGGUGUUGACAGUAUAGAAUUUAAAUCAAUGUUAACUUCCUCUCAGGUCAAAAAAAGAGAAAUGAACCGAUUGAUUAAUGAAAUCAAUGAAAAGUUUCCUUUUUGUCUUUUAACCUAAUUCAAUUGGUACUUGAAUGGCCCAAGGAAUUAUUUACGUGAUUUGUGAAGCACACAUUAAACAGUUAUUUAUUUAUUUUUUAAAGAAAAUGCUGACAUCUAUGUAACAGUGUUGAAAUAUAUUUCAUCGGUUGUAUAGCUACUUAUUACACAUCUCUUCGUUAACUUGUAGUCAUGUUGAUAAGCAGAGAUGUGGAUCUAAGGAAUAAAGUUUUGAAGAAAGUAUAUGAAAAUAUCAAUCCAGCACAA